AUGGCGAUUCCAAUCAACGAAGACCCCUACCACAAUGUUCCUAUUAUAUGGCCCAGCAGGGGUAUGUUUUGAUUUUAGUAUUUGAGACAUUCUUACCAAUCUUUGAGUCUAUAUUGUUCUUUAGAAGACCUUGAUCUGCCACCGGCCCCUACUUACCGGCCGCGAAGUCUCGAUGAUAUUAUAGUUAAGACUCGCUUCUCCAAACGCGAGAUUCAGAUGAUAUAUCGUUCUUUUAAGCAGGUAUGGUCUGGUUAACGUUUGCGAUUUGUCUUUUCAAAAGUACUACAAGUUUUAGACUAGUUUUAGUGACGUGAGCACAUCAUACAUAUUAAACCAACUCAAGUAUCUUUCAGCUUUGUCCAUCUGGUAUUAUAACUAAAACAACAUUUCAAGAAAUUUAUGCUCAAUUCUUUCCACAUGGUAAUACGAAACGGUACUCGGAUUUGGUGUUCCGGACACUCGAUCGUGAUAGCAAUGGUCACAUUACAUUUGAAGUGGGUAUUCUUAUUAUAUAUAAUAAUGUUAUAUGUGUUGUGUUUUUCGUAUAGUAGCGUUUAAGAUUAUUAAUUUUGUAUUCUGUUUUACAGGUUUGUAAAACAUUUUGGUCAAAAACUAGAUAGAAACAUUGAAAAGCGGCAAAAUUUAAUUUUUGAAAAAAGUUUUUUUACAUUUUUUGACUAGUAUCAUAGUACUAAAAGCAGUAUAACACUAUACUCUCUUUUUAUACUGUUUUAAAUGGCAUCUUGUCAGGAGUUUGUUAUGGGUUUAUCAGCGAUGACACGGGGUUCGACGGAAGAGAAGCUGGAGUGGAUCUUCUCUUUGUACGAUGUUAAUCAACGAGGUGUGAUAGGCCAACAGGAACUGUCGCUUGUCACUCUGUCUAUGUACGAGCUACUCAGUAAACAAAUUCACACGACACCGAAACGUGAAGAUAUACGUGCACAUGCACAACAUGCAUUUGAAGUGAGUUUUGGAUAUUAACCAUGGUGUUAAGAAAGUAAAUUGUAAUUAUUAAGGAAAUAAGGCGUAAACAGUAAUGUAUGUUAUUAUGGCAACGCACGCAAUUCUUUCUUUAAAUGAACACUUAUAAUAUAAUAAAUACAAUUUUUUGAAAUUAGCUUUUUGGAUUACAGUCUUUGUAGUGUCUUCUGUCUCUAACGUUGCGCCAAUAAAGUUAUGUCAAUGUAAAAUAUAGUUUGCCAUAAUUAAUGUUAAGGCAUGUUUUUAUGAGGUCACAUACUCUAAUAUGAAGGAGUGCAUAUGCGAGUAGAAGUGGUAACAACUCUAAAUAUCCCACAUAUAAACGCUGUUCUAUUAAUUAAUAUUAAUUAAGAACCUUCAGAGACUUACCGGCAAUGGUAACCGGCCCUUCAUCUCGAGGUACGACUUUGUGCAGGCCUGCCUCCAGGACCCCGAUCUCAGGUGUUCCAUAGAAUUGUUCGACACCAAACUCUAG